UUUAUGCGGACCGUUAGCUGUCAUUUUCAUAUUCUUCCGUUUCAAACCUCUGGCUGUGGAAAGUCUCCAGUAGAAUGCUAGUUGAACGAAUUAAACACGCGGGACUCGUCGUAAUGUGAUAUAAACUCUCAGUACUGAAGGGAACUUUUCACUGCGGCUCCUUUUAACCGUGUUUGUUCAGGAAUCAUGGAGAAAUUUGAAGACUACAUUCUCACUGCGCUGUGCAGCACCAACUUUUUGAUAUCCUGUCUGCUCUUCUCCAGAGUUACCCGGGAGCAAAGGGAGCCUUACAUGGACGAGAUCUUUCAUGUCCCACAGGCUCAGAAAUACUGCCACGGGAAAUUCAACGAGUGGGACCCAAUGAUCACCACUCCCCCGGGUCUUUACCUGGUCUCGGUGGGGCUCAUUAAGCCUGUGGUGUGGCUUGCUGACCUGACAGGCGGGGUGGUAUGUUCCACCGCCAUGCUCCGCUUCAUCAACCUGCUGUUCAACUGUGGCAACCUGUACCUGCUCUAUUCGCUCAUUUGCAAACUACACCUCAAAGAAAAGACACGAACAACUUCACGCCGAGUUCUUUCUGCAUUGUCUCUGUCCACCUUCCCCGUGCUCUACUUCUUCAACUUCCUUUACUACACAGACGCUGGAUCCACUUUCUUCAUCCUCUUCACUUACCUCAUGACACUGUACAGCUGCCACAAGGCCUCGGCACUCCUCGGGGUCUGCUCAGUGCUGUUUCGCCAGACCAACAUCAUCUGGGUGGCGUUCUGUGCAGGCACGGUGGUGGCGGCGAAAAUGGAUGAGGUCUGGAGAGUGGAGCACGCAAAAAAGAGGGAUGAGAAGUCUUCUCCCUCCCAGGUUCCAUUGUCCUUCAGCGGAGUUAAGAAAGUGGUGCUUUUCACCCUGGAGUUCCUCACCUCCCCUGGUCAUAUGAAGGCAGUACUGCUGGUGACCUGGCCUUAUGUAGUGGUCGGCGUGGGUUUCUUAGGGUUUGUGGUAUUCAACGACGGGAUAGUCUUGGGUGACAGGACGAACCAUGAGGCCUGCCUAAACUUUCCCCAACUCUUCUAUUUCCUCUCUUUCACCCUCUUCUUCUCCUCCCCUGUGUCACUUUGUUUCCACCGUGCUCUUCGCUUCCUCCAGGCUCUGAAAAAGCAGCCUUUGUUCUUCCUCUUAGUUGCUGGCGUCGCCUUGCUUCUGGUGUGGAAGUUCACCUUUGUGCACAGGUACCUCCUCGCAGAUAACCGCCACUUUCCCUUUUAUGUGUGGAAAAGACUUAUCCAGAGGCACGAGCUGGUACGCUUCAUCCUGGUUGCUGCGUACGUGUUUGCAGGAUGGAAUUUCCUAGACUCCUUUAAGUCGCCCUCACUGUUCUGGAGUUUGGCGUUCCUGGCAUGCCUCCUGGCUACCACAGUUCCCCAGAAGCUGCUGGAGUUCCGGUACUUCAUCAUCCCCUACCUGAUGUAUCGCUUGCACAUGCCUCUCCCCUCUCUUCCCAGACUAGCAGCGGAGUUCCUUUUGUACACUGUUGUAAAUGCGGCCACACUUUACAUCUUCAUCAGUAAGACAUUCCACUGGCCAGACAGCACAGUCACUCAGAGGUUCAUGUGGUAAGAGACAACAUAGACGAGCCUCUUUGAGGUCAAAUACCAGUUAUUUCACCAUGUGUACAGUGUAAACAGAGAUUUGUUUGUUGUUGUCAUUAACAACAAGUUACACACAUACACAUCUUACCUGUAAGGUGACAGGCCGCAGUGAAAUUCAAAGUAUAAUUGGGAGAAGGUAAAGGUUUAAAGGAUUUAUACUGUAUUUUGUUUUCAUUGACAAUGACUGAAGAAACCUAAGACAGGGCUGUACGUUCAGUGUGAAUGAGUUCACAAUUCCAUGAAUCUGAAAAAAAAUCUUUUUGUAAAAAUAAAAAAAAAUCUUUGGCAUAGAAAAGUAAUUCACUGUAUCAAAUCAUGCAUUCUAAUUUAUAAUGGUGUAUUUUGAUGAGAUUCAUUGUAAAUAUUUUUUUCUACUGUACAUUUAAGGUCUUUUUUAUUUUGGCAAGUUUUGCCUCUUUGGGGUGGUUCAAAUCAAGUCACAUUUUCUGCAGUGUGAAAGGGCCUGAUGUGUUUUUUUCUUAUGACAAACUUUUUUGUAUUUCAGAUAAAGGAUGGGACAUGAUUUUCGUGUAUAAUCAAAAAACAAACACUCAUUGAGAAUAUUAUCUCAUUUAAAAGUACAAUUUGUCAUCGUUUUCACUGGUGUCUGGUUGUGAUACGGUAUUCCCACCAGAUGGCAAAAGAGCGUCUUAAAGGUGACAUAUCAUGCAAAAUGGACUUUUUAAUGGUUCUCUACCUGAAAUAUGUGUCCCUGUCUACAAACCCCCCGAGGAUGAAAAAAAUCCAUUCUGCCCCUGUUUUGAUUUCUCCACCUUUCUGUAAAUGUGUGUGAAACGAGCCGUUUCAGACUUCAGUGUUUUUGUUACGUAACAACAAUAUCCGGUCUGUCACGGAGUCAGAGCUCGGAGCUUGUUCAGCCCAUAGACUGUAUAAAAUAAUACUGAAUCCCCCCUCCGUUUUUCAUUACCUGCACAAAUGUGUGCUAACAAGGAGCUUAGGAGGGAGGCAUGCUAGUUGUAGGCUGUCUUAAUGAACACAAAGGUCGGUUUUACUCCCCACAUCUGCAGAUUUGAAGAUCUAGUGGAUGAUUUUUAUUUAUCAUGGAUAAGUGCUAGCGCUAGUUAGCAUAGCUACAUGUCGUAGCUGUAGCUGUGUACCAAGACACACGUCGACAUACUGACAAAUAAAACAACAAGAAACACUAAAUCUGUGACCAAUCCUUCAGAAAGGUCCUGCUGCCUUUCUGGCAGAGGUCGGUUUUACUCCCCACGUCUGCAGAUUUGAAGAUCUAGUGGAUGAUUUUUAUUUAUCAUGGAUAAGUGCUAGCGCUAGUUAGCAUAGCCACAUAACUACAUGUUCGUAGCUGUGUACCAAGACACACGUCGACAUACUGAUAAAUAAAACAACAAGAAACACUAAAUCUAUGACCAAUCGUUCAGAAAGGUCCUGCUACAGGCGCCUCUCCGUCAGGAUCAGAUUCUGGAUCAGAUUCAGAGGGUUGAAGUAACGUGAUCUCUGAGCAGCCGUGUAUAUUCAGCCAACAUGCAAACAUUAGAUCAACGUGCUGGACAGCCGAGGCACAUCCACUUCCUGAGGGGGCGUGGUCAGAGAGAAAACAGAGUGUUCUGAGGAGGACUGAAGAAGAGGGUUUUUCAGGCAUGCCAAAAUCUGAUUUCAAAGUGUUUUUUUGAGCAUAAACUUUAAAGACAUGUUUUGGGAACCUCUUAGACCAAUAUAUAUUGAUGAAAAAAGUGUGAUAUGUCACCUUUAAGACUGUUUGCCAACUGCAUUAAGUAGCUAACAGUAGAAGAAGAAUGUUAACUGCAUUAAAUAACAAAAGUACAAUUUUCAUCAAUUCAGCUUCAAGUCAAAAUACUAUUCAAUAAUCACUGGCAUUUAUUAGGGCCAUUAUUCAUAAUCGAGCUCUCUGAGGGCAGGUUUGAAAUGUCAAGUUCAGACAACAGUGACUGACACAACACUUGUUGUGCUGCAGGUGUAGACAGUAAUGGUAAACACCUGUCCCGUUAACGGUCCGUUUGUGUGUCAGUCUCGUUAACCAGCACCGGGACGAGGUGCUGCUAGUAGCGAGCACUGACUGCGUCUGUCUCGACCUUCAUGUCGGUGUUUCUGUGACGCAGCAGACUGGUGUGUGUGUUUACAUUUUAUGGCCAUGCUCAGUCUCAGCAAUAUUAUCUGUUUCUGAAUCUCACACAAGCGGCAACCUCUGGUUUUAAAAUAUGAAGUACAGUUCAUAGAGCGUCCACUUGAGGCUGUUUGCAGAAACCACACACACCCAUUCAAAGAGACAGUCUUUGCAGCAUUAAUAAACAUGUUUACUGCCUGGUUCAAAAUGGUUUAGGUGUGCGUAGUUAAUUUCUGUAUCAGCACACACUGUAUGGGGGCUGAAUUUGUUUAUAACUCAGUAUUUUCGAAGAUAUUAAACGUACGAGUUCUGCCCAAACAAGGACAUGACUGACUGAUGACUGACAGGUGGGCACCAUGUAGCUGUUAGCGAAAAGGCUAAAGGCCUGUCUCUUUACCUCACAGUAGCUCGGACGAGUUAGCUUGUGUUCAGCAUUUCCGAUAUGGCAACAUUCCAAUGUUUUCUUCUUUUGCUAUUUAAUGCUGUUUGCAAACAGCUUCAAGACGCUCUUUAGCCGCAGGUUGGCGGGAAUACUGUAUUACAACCAUGCACCGGUGAAAACAAUGAAAAAUUGUACUUUUUAAAAUGAGAUAUUUGCAUUAAGCUUCCAUUUUUAAUAAGUGCAUGAAUAAUCCUGCAUUAGAAAAUCAUGUUCCAUCCCUUAUCCCUAUUUCAGAUAUGAAAAUAUAUAUUGUCCUGUGGUAUUGAUUUUGUUGAGGUUAUGUUGUUCAGAAAUAACUGCAUAUGUGAGCUGCAAAUAUGAGACCAAAAAUGACAGCCAUAUUUAACAUUUUUGACUUUUUAUGUUUGGGAGGAUCUGGAUCUGACUUAAAGUUUGAGGUUUUGCUGAAAAUGUUUGACCGAAAAGCUAAUUUAUGUUUCCCUAUGGAAUAAAAUGAAGGACAAGUAUGUGUUCUAGUUUAACUGUUUCUUUUUUUUUUUGACUAAGCCAUAAAAAUCCACUUAAGGUGACAAAGUAAUUGUUAAAUUGCUAUUUGUUCCGGGGGUUUUUUUCAUUUGUUUUUAUUUGUAAUCAAGUUCAUUUUGCACUUGUGGUAACUUUGGGAAGUGUUAUCCUACCUUCUGAAUGUUUUCCUUUGGCUAGUUUCAUUGUCAGAUGUGUCUGUGUUUUGUUUUGGGGUUAUGAGAUAGUUCUCAUCCCAAACAGUAUUGGUUUGGUUUUAGGUUUUCCUGGUUGAGGUGAGGGAUUUCUUAUAACAAUUUAGAACAUACAGUUGUUUUUUUGUUUUUUUUUAAUCAAAUGAUUCCUUUUUCUCCGUUUCACUCAUAUCAGUCUGUGUUUUUUUCCUUUGUCAACUAUCCAGCUGUAUACUGCACCCCGGCUGCUAUACAUUGUUGUGCAUAUAUAUGAAUAAAGAGAUUCAUGUUGCAUAAGUCA